AUGGACGUCUGCGUGCGACCUGCCUCAACCAAUUUACUUUUACUAACCAUUCUGUUACUGCGAGUCGAUGCAACCAGCAACAAAGUACAUCCAGUUAACGAUACUGCUCUGUCCGCUCAGUCAACAAGUGUCACCCUUCCACUUCGUGCGAACCAAUCUAUUUCCGCAUGCAUUUUGGAUGUGACUCUAAGUGAGAAUUUGAACGUGUUGACCAUUUUCACCCGUUGGGUUACUCCGAUUCUGUUCGGGCUGUUCCUUAUUGUUGGUUCAGUCGGAAAUCUGUUGGUGAUAAUUGUGGUCCUGGUGAACGCACAGAUGAGGAACGCCACAAAUAUUCUCAUUCUGUCGCUGGCGGUUGCCGAUUUAGCAUUUAUUUUGAUUUGCAUUCCACUUACCACAGUCAUUUACAUUAUGGGAGGAUGGCCAAUGGGGACAGCGCUUUGUCGAGUAUAUUUCUAUCUGAUGUACGUCACCGCCUACUGCAGUGUUUACACUUUGGUGCUGAUGAGUUUGGAUCGAUUUUUGGCUGUCGUCUAUCCAAUCAAGAGCAUUCACUGGCGUAAUCAGACAAACACUAUUCGGAUUGUCCUUCUCACUUGGUUUGUGGUUCUCUAUUGCACAUACGCCUGGCUUGUAACUAUCGAUGAGGAAACGCAAACAGCGAGGGAUAACUACGAGAAAUCGGCAGAAUCCAAACGAUCGAAGAAACGAGCCACAUUGUUAGUGGUCACAGUUGUGGUCGUGUUCGGGAUCAGUUGGCUUCCAAUUCAUAUAGUAUUUCUCAUCCAGUACUACGUUGGUGAUCCAAACACAGAUUUUUUCCGAAUAUUGCAAAUUUUGAGCAACUCACUGGCCUACGGAAACAGCAGUAUCAACCCGAUAUUGUAUGCAUUUUUAUCGGUAAAUUUUCGCAAAGCAUUUAUCGAUUUGUUAAAUGGCAGUCGGAAACCCGCAACCACGAACACAAAUGGAAAUCCUCAGGCCUUGGAGGAGUUACGCCCCAUCGCCUCCGAAAUGCCUGUGAUCGACAGUGAUAUGUCCAAGACAACACACACCACAUAUGGUUGGAAUGGCUCAGAAACCAAUCAUGACCCAAUUUGUGACACAGUGUCUAAUUUGAUGCCUACCGAUGAGAACAACUUUGUUCAUAGCUUACAAGCGCGAAGAAACAAAGCGAAUUCCAAACCGGCUCUUCAUUCGCAUGAUCGUCAUAGCGCACAUCUUUUGCUGAGAUCAAGAACAAAGCGUUGGAAAAUUGGCAUCCCAAAUGAUUCCCAUCUGCUUCAGGCAUGUAUGUGCUGA